CCCACCUCACGACUACUCAACUAAGCAUGAAGUCAAAGAAACUUCCCAAACGGCGGGACGCGCCGCUGGAGGUAACAGGUUCAGUUGUGUGGCUUCAGCCGAGCAGGCCUCUGGAUAUCCAUCUUCUCUGGUUGAAUGAUGACGGCCAGAUGUCUGGGUCUCCUCUUCCUGGUUGUCCAUACCGUGGCACAGGAGCUUCCAUCAGGUCCUCAUGGCUGCACAGGAGGAAGCUGUUACCCAGCUACAGGGAACCUGCUGAUUGGACGACAUACUAACCUAACAGCCACCUCAACCUGCGGCUUGGAAGUGCCAGAGCAGUUCUGCAUCGUCAGCCAUCUACAGGAGGGCGAUAAGUGCUUCGGGUGUGACUCACGGAGACCCUAUCACCCCUAUUAUCACAGAACCAGCCACCGUGUGGAGAAUGUUAUCUACCUGAAGGACAGUAAUGGAAAUCUCACCUGGUGGCAGUCUGUCAAUGGAGAGGAGAGUGUUAGUAUCAGGCUCAAUUUGGAGGCAGAGUUCCACUUCACUCACCUCAUCAUGAAGUUUAAGACCUUCAGGCCUGCAGGCAUGUUGAUUGAGCGCUCUGCAGAUUUUGGGCGUUCCUGGAGGCCGUACCGCUAUUUUGCCUACAACUGCAGCAGGACCUUUCCUCAAAUCCCUGCCCGCUCCCUGCAGCUCAUCGAUGAUGUCAUCUGUGAAGAGCGCUAUUCUGAUAUAGAGCCGUCCACAGAGGGGGAGGUCAUUUACAAAGUGCUUGAUCCGUCAAUCCAUGUCAGUGAUCCCUACAGUACUAAUAUUCAGGACCUCCUGCGCAUCACUAACCUCAGGAUCAACUUCACUAAGCUCCACACUCUGGGGGAUAACUUGCUGGACCGGCGGCCGGAUGUCCUACAGAAGUAUUACUAUGCCCUGUGUGAGCUAGUGGUGCGUGGUAGCUGCUUCUGCUAUGGCCACGCUUCUGAGUGCGUCCCAGUGCCAGGGGUGGAUGCCAGAGUCAGUGGCAUGAUUCAUGGACACUGUGUGUGUAAGCAUAACACAGAGGGGCUAAACUGUGAACGCUGCAGAGAUUUCCACCAUGACCUGCCCUGGAGACCGGCCGAGGCUGAUAACCCUCACACCUGCAGAGAAUGCAACUGUAAUGGUCACUCCAAUAAAUGUCACUUUGACAUGGCGGUGUAUCUGGCCACGGGGAACGUUAGCGGAGGCGUGUGUGAUGACUGCCUCCACAACACAAUGGGCCGCAACUGUGAGACCUGCAAACCCUUCUACUACCAGGACCCAGCCAGAGACAUCAGAGACCCAGUCGCGUGUGUUCCGUGUGACUGUGACCCAGUGGGCUCUCUGGAGGGUGGUGUGUGUGACAGCCACACUGAUUUGGAUCUGGGAAUGAUUGGUGGACAGUGUCGCUGUAAGCCCAACGUCAGGGGUCAGCGCUGUGACUACUGCAAAGAGCGACACUAUGGCCUCAGCCAAAACGACCCUCUGGGGUGCCAACCGUGUAACUGUGACCCACGCGGCAUCACCAUGCUGGGAGACCCAUGUGAUCCAAUCAGUGGAGACUGCUCCUGCAAGAGAUACGUCACAGGCCGCUACUGCAACCAGUGCAUACCAGAGUAUUGGGGACUCAGUGCUGACCUUUCAGGAUGCAGACCCUGUGACUGUGACUUUGGUGGAGCAUACAGCAACAAGUGCAGGAUGGACAGUGGCCAGUGUGACUGUCGGCCUCACCUGAUUGGCCGCCAGUGCUCUGAUGUACAACCUGAAUAUUUCUGCGCUGCUUUGGACUACUUCAAAUACGAGGCUGAAGGGGCAGUGGGCCAUUCCCCUGAUGACUCCGCUCUACCCGGGAAUCCGCGGCCUCAGGCGGUGAAUAACUGUGCUGAGCAUCUCAACAACCAGCUGAGGAGACACAAGCGCCACCGCCGAAUCGCCCAGCAGCAGAGGGCAGCACUGAGACGCAUCCGUCAGCUGCAGCAGACUCCUGACGUGAUGACUGUACACAGAGAGAGGCAGCCGGGUCAGAUGGUCACCUGGACUGGACCGGGCUUUGCUCGGGUUAAAGACGGCGCUGGGCUCGUCUUCACCAUCGACAAUAUCGCUUACGCCAUGGAAUAUGACAUCAUGAUCCGCUAUGAGCCAGAGUCCACAGAAGAUUGGGAGGCCAUUGUGAGCAUUACGUCCGUCUUGCUGCCCACCAGCCCUCGCUGUGGAAACCUGCUGCCCACAGAGCAGAUGUACAUUGUCAUCUUGCCUCACCACAAGAGGUACAUCCAGAUGCCUCGGCCUUUCUGCUUCGAGCCCAGCAACCGCUAUGUGGUUUCCAUCCGCUUCCAGCGCCAUGCAGUCUCUUACAGACACCUCACUGCCUACAUCCUCAUCGACUCGCUGGUUUUGAUGCCCAAGUAUGAGGAGCUGCCAGGUUUCCAGGGUAAUGACCCCCUGGCGCAGCAGCGGCGGGAGGAGAUGGUGCGCUACAUGUGUGUGGAAUCCUUCAUGGCUGCUCCCAUGCCACCGCUGGCUGAGAUGUGCAUCAAACUUAUCUGCAGCAUCUCCUCUGUGAUGCAUGGUGGAGCUCUUCCUUGUCACUGUGACCCUCAGGGUUCACUAAGUGCUGAGUGUGACAAGGUUGGAGGUCAUUGUCGCUGUAAACCCAAUGUGAUUGGCCGUAACUGUGACCAGUGUGCACCGAGAACAUAUGGAUUUGGACCCUAUGGCUGCACUACAUGUGACUGCCACUUUGAUGGCGCAGCAGCACAACAGUGUGACCCUUCAACAGGUCAAUGCCCAUGUAAUACUGGAGCCCAUGGCCGCCAGUGCUCCAAUUGCCAGCCUGGCCACUGGGGCUUCCCUAACUGCAGACCAUGCCAAUGUAACGGGCAUGCAGAGAGCUGUGACCCACACACUGGUGCCUGCCAUGAGUGCAGAGACCACACAGCAGGUCAUCAGUGUGAGAGGUGUAUGGAUGGUUUCUAUGGUAACCCGGUCCUGGGUUCAGGGGAGCAUUGCCGCCCCUGUCCGUGUCCAGGUUACCUGGACAGUGGUCAUUCCAACGGAGAUUCCUGCCAUAUGGAGCCAGCAUCCAACCUGAUCAUUUGCCACUGCAAGCAGGGAUACACAGGGUCUCGCUGUGACCAGUGUGCUCCUGGUUACUACGGUAACCCAGAGCAGGCUGGUGGGGAGUGCCGGCAGUGCGAGUGUAAUAGGAAUAUAGUGGCCGAGGACCCGGGCUCAUGUGACCCUCGCACGGGCCAGUGCCUGAAGUGUCUGUACAACACAGACGGGGCGUCCUGCUCCGAGUGCAAGCCUGGUUACUAUGGCAAUGCGCUGGUCAGGGACUGCAGGCGCUGUACGUGUAUGACGUUGGGGACGCAGCAGGCCCACUGCAGUGACGGGUUGUGUUACUGUAACGGGCGAACUGGGUCGUGUCCCUGCAGGACCAAUGUUGAAGGCCACAGCUGUGACCAGUGUGCCCCCAACCACUGGAACCUGGGAAUGGACCAGGGCUGUGAGGCCUGCGAGUGCCACCCACAGAACUCCCUCAGCCCUCACUGCAACCUGAUCAGUGGUCAGUGUCACUGCAGGCCUGGUUUUGGAGGGCAGCAGUGUACUGAGUGCGAGGCGCUCCACUGGGGGAAUCCAAACGUGCGAUGUGAGGAGUGUAGGUGUGACCCGCUGGGUGCAGAGGCUCUUCAGUGUAACCGCACCACAGGGGCAUGUGUGUGCAGAGAGGGCGCGAGCGGGCGCCACUGUGACGAAUGUGCUCGUGGUUUUACUGGAAGCUUCCCCAAGUGUGUGUCCUGCCACCCCUGCUUCCAGCUGUGGGACGAUAUUGUCUGCCAAGUCCAGAGCGAUCUAGACAACAUCCACAUUAUCAUAGCUAAGAUCCUGGAGACGGGUACAGUGCCUGGCGUUAGUGACGCCCGAAUCCGUGAGCUGAUGAAGAAGCUGGCCGAGGUCCAGGACCUGCUGAAGGACGGAGAUAGAGACAGGAUGUACCAACUGAUCAGCCAAGCCAUUGAUGAUAUCAGGGCUGAGAUAGUUGUCACUGAUGGCCGUUUGAUGGACCUAGAGAGAGAGAUGAAUGGGACGGCAGAGCAGGACAACAUCCUGAAACGGAACCUGACCUCAAUGGAGCAGGAGCUCAGAGACCUUAACGAUACGGUAGCUCAGCGGCGUAGAGACCUGAACAACUACUUCACUGCUGGAUUCGCAGAUCAGUUUGAAAAGGUGCGGAAGUACUACCAGCAGUCCCUGGACGCCGAGCAGCGCUGUAAUGCCUCUGUGUUUGGGCCGGAGAGCCCUGUGGAGCAGUCUCAAGACACACGCAAUCGCACUGAGACCCUACUAAACCAGAGGAAAGACCAGCUCCUGCGCACAGUAACAGCUCAGAACAAGUCCCUGUCUGAACUGGAAAAGAAAGCAAAUGAUUUGGACGACAAGGUCCAUCACCUCAGCCACAAGGUGUGUGGUGGCAGUGGUGAUGUAAGUGUUAAUGGUACGUGUGCAGAAAGCUCUUGUAGAGGGACUGGCUGUAAGGACAGUAAUGGCACACUGCUGUGUGGAGGGCCUAACUGUAAUGGUACAGUUGGGGAAUCACUCAGGGCACUGAAGAAGGCUGAUGAGGCCACCAAGAACCUGACGGCUGCCAGCGAUGAACUCAUGAACAUAGACAAGAAGCUGCAGAACAUUGCCACACUUAUUCAGAAUGUGAAAACCCAAGCCAUGAACACGCUGGACAAAGCCCAAAAGAAGAAGGAGUUGUUUGAAAAGUCCAAUAACAAAUUGAAGGAUUUCAUUCAGAAGAUCAGAGACUUUUUGACAGAGGAGGGGGCAGAUCCAGAGAGCAUAGAGAAAGUGGCCAAGCAAGUUCUGGCCAUUGAACUUCCAGUUAACCGGACUGUACUGGACCGUAUAGUGCAGCAGAUCAAAGACAACAUUGCCAACCUCACUGACGUGGAGAGAAUCUUCAACCAGACCUCUGAACAGCUGGCUAAGGCCAAGGAGCUGCUCAACAGAGCCCAGAAUGCCAAGGCCCAAGCAGACGGAGUUGGUGAUGCCAUCAGUAAGACUAAAGAGGUGAUGAACACUUCCCAGAAGGCUAUAGAGAAAGCAGAGAAGGCAAUAGCCGUGGCCAUGGAAAACCUCGACGCCACAAAGAACACCACUGCCAUGGUGGAGGACGAGCUCACAAAUCUAGAGAAGAACCUCAGGGAUGUGAUGUCACGAUUGGCUAAUUUAUCCCAAGGAGUGGAGAUGUUAAAGAAUAAGACAGAGCAAAACAGGCAGCAGGCGCAGAAGGCCAAGGCCCUGGCAGAUAAUGCCACUCAGGCUGCCUCUGAAUUAAGCAAGGAAAUGUCAGAAGCUGAGAGUCGAUAUAAGGAGCUGAAAGAUAAGAUAGACUCCCUGGGAGGCGCUGGAGCAGGCAACAUCACGCAGAGAGCGAUAGACAUGAAGAACGAGGCAGAGGCGCUUCUGAAGAAGGCCAACAAGGACAUGGAAACACUCAAGAAGCUGGAGAGGAGGUUCCAGGACAACGAGAAGAAUAUACAGAAGCAGCAGGAUGAGAUAAAGCAGCUGGAAAAGAAUGCUACAGAUGUCCGAGAGUUCAUCCGAAUGAAAGUUACUGGCUACAACAACUGUCAGUAACGACGGAAAAUCAACGAAUAGCAAAUAUCAGAAUUAGCUCGGCCCACCCCAGUGACCAUCACCAUCUGUCAGUCACAUGUUUUACAUGUAUAUUAAAAGUGAGUCAGUGACUUUUGUCAGUAUUUGUGGCGUCAGUCACUACUUAGUGUUCAUUCUGCCUGUCUGUUUGCUGAAGACCUGCUGGGAAAGUGCGCUGCCCUGAAACUUUAUGGUUGAUAAUAAAUUAGCAUAUCAAAUAUAAUUAUUUUGACCAAUUCAGAUUUAUCCUUAAAGAUGUUAAAGUGUGAUUGUUUUUAUACUGGUUCUGGGGACAUGGGAGCAGUUACAUUCUGAAAAAAGUGAAUUGAAUUUACUUGAUUCAAAUAUAUACAUAAUUUCUACAUGAAUAAAAUAAAUUACAUCAACACAAUUAUUGCUAAAAGUAACUGAAAGACAGUUGUGUUGAUGUCAAAUUUAGUUGUGUGGAAUGAAAUUAUGUACUUUGCUUCAGUCUCUCGUGUUCAUUACCUUAAAGAUGAGUUGUGUCCAUUUGGAAUAAUAUUGGUUGGGUUUUUCAUCAACGAUGGCAAAUAUUGUCAUCCUGCCUUAACAGGAGGACACUUGAGUCACUGAAUAAAGUGUCUUAACUGAAUACUUCACCACUUAAAGGCAAAAAAAAUGGUACGGCACAAAGUUAGUAGGGUUUAUAUCUGGUCUUUCUGUAAAUGAAUCCUCCAGUCAGGGUGUCUCUGCUGGUGACCCGACCUGCUCUGUUACACUACUGAGUGAAUGUGUUAUCACAACUAACACAAGACAUUUUCACAUGCAGAGCACUGACGGUUAAGUGCCGUGUACUGAGAUGAGCCCUAAUCACACAGAUCCAUUA